AUGCGCCGUUCUUUUGAGCAUGCCCAGUACCGACGACGGAGGCGCCCGCUGGCCGCUCUUACGGUGCACCGGCUGCGACGGGAGCAGAAAAAGCAGCAGCGGCUGACGCGGCGACCGUCCUUUCCUCGCAGGUUCUCGGAUACAUUGCUUCCUUUCAGUAGCUUGGAGGACACGGGGAGCCCAAGGUGUGGAGGGUCGGAGGAAGGGGGCAGCUAA